AUACAUCAUCUACCCCCUCUUCCCCCAAUUAUAGAGAAAAUUAAAUCUCAAAUCGCGACGAUCGGACGGUUUAUUAGUUUUCUGACUUUGCUUGAACAGAUCGGUCAGGUGAAACGAGAAGGAACCUGAGAGAGAGAGAGGGAGAGAGAGAGAUCUGUUGCUGUUUCACUAACUGGGAGGAUUCAUCUUCCUUUUGUCUGAUCCUGUCCGUACGACCAUAGCCUGUGUGAUUAAUCGAGAUAAUGGAUUUGGCAUCGCGUUAUAAGGGGGUUGUUGGGCUUGUUUUUGGAGACAAUCCAUCUUCUAAUGAAGACAGUUACAUUCAACGCCUGCUGGAUCGCAUUAGUAAUGGUACCUUGCCUGACGAUAGGAGAAAUGCUAUUGUAGAACUUCAAUCUGUUGUUGCUGAAAGUAAUGCUGCUCAGUUAGCUUUCGGGGCAUCCGGAUUUCCUGUGAUAGUAGGCAUCCUAAAGGACCAACGGGAUGAUGUUGAAAUGGUUCGAGGUGCCUUAGAAACUCUUCUUGGCGCUCUGACGCCAAUCGAUCAUGCAAGGGCACAGAAAACUGAAGCUCAUGCAGCUCUUAUGAAUUCCGAUUUGCUCUCCCGUGAAGCUGAAAAUAUCACUCUUCUUUUGAGUUUGCUGGAGGAAGAAGAUUUUUAUGUUCGAUACUACACUCUUCAGAUUUUGACAGCUCUUCUUAUGAAUUCUCAAAACAGGUUGCAGGAAGCUAUUCUGACCACUCCGCGUGGCAUAACUCGACUCAUGGAUAUGCUAAUGGAUAGGGAGGUUAUCCGGAACGAGGCUUUGUUACUUCUUACGCACUUGACGCGUGAGGCAGAGGAGAUCCAAAAAAUUGUUGUCUUUGAAGGUGCAUUUGAAAAGAUCUUUAGCAUCAUCAAGGAGGAAGGGGGUUCAGAUGGCGAUGUGGUUGUACAGGACUGUCUGGAGUUGCUGAACAAUCUUCUUCGCAGCAGUUCAUCAAACCAGAUACUACUAAGGGAGACCAUGGGUUUUGAACCGAUCAUUUCAGUUCUAAAACUUCGAGGGAUCACAUAUAAAUUCACCCAGCAAAAGACUGUUAAUCUACUUAGUGCACUGGAGACAAUCAAUAUGCUGAUCAUGGGAGGUGCAGAUUCGGACCCUGGCAAAGAUUCAAACAAGCUGGCAAAUAGAACGGUUUUAGUUCAGAAAAAACUGCUAGAUUACCUACUGAUGUUGGGUGUUGAAAGCCAAUGGGCGCCUGUUGCUGUUCGCUGCAUGACAUUUAAAUGCAUUGGAGAUCUGGUUGAUGGACAUCCCAAGAACCGUGAUAUCCUUGCUAGCAAAGUUCUUGGUGAAGACCGGCAAGUAGAACCUGCUCUCAAUUCUAUUCUCCGGAUCAUCUUACAGACAUCUAGUAUUCAAGAGUUCGUUGCAGCUGAUUAUGUUUUCAAGACCUUCUGUGAGAAAAAUCGGGAGGGUCAGACAAUGCUAGCUUCGACUUUAAUACCCCAACCACAUCCAAGAACCAGAGAUCCUCUAGAAGAUGAUGUUAACAUGUCAUUUGGAAGUAUGUUAUUACGAGGCAUUUGUUCUGGCGAAACAGAUGGUGAUCUUGAGGUAAACUUUCUUGUCUCUCUGUUGAAUAUUAUUUUGUGCGUGUCUUCCGUAACUGAAUCUAUUUAUUUGAAACAGACAUGUUGCAGAGCUGCGAGCAUUCUUUCUCAUGUUUUGAAGGACAACAUUCAGUGCAAGGAAAAGGCUUUGAAAAUAGUACUUGAAUCACAUGUACCUUCCAUGGGAACUCCAGAGACUCUCUUUCAGAGGAUCGUCAGAUACCUGGCGGUUGCUUCUUCCAUGAAAAGCAAAGAUAAAUCAAGCACAAUGGGGAAAUCAUACAUUCAACAGAUCAUUUUAAAACUGCUCGUCACAUGGACCGUUGAUUGCCCAGCUGCAGUUCAGUGCUUUUUAGAUUCACGCCACCACCUAACGUAUCUACUCGAGCUGGUAGCAAACCCGGCUGCAACAGUUUGCAUAAGGGGCUUGGCGUCUAUUCUACUGGGAGAAUGCGUCAUCUACAAUAAAUCAAAUGAGAAUGGCAAAGACGCUUUUGCUGUAGUUGAUGCUGUGAGCCAGAAGAUGGGUCUCACAACAUACUUCUCGAAGUUCGAAGAGAUGCAGAGCAGCUUCAUCUUCUCUUCCUCCGAGGCACCUCGAGAGGGUCAUAAACCGUUGACAAGAACAGCCACGCCCAGUGAAGCUGAGAUUGAGGAUGCGGACACGGCGAAGGCGAUGGAUAAAGGGAAUGAGGAUCACCCGAUGCUCAUAUCGUUGUUUGAUCCUAGCUUCACAGGCUUAGUGAAGAGCCUUGAAGGUAAGAUUAGAGAGAGAAUCGUGGACGUGUACAGCCGGCCGAAGAGCGAGGUGGCUGUAGUACCGGCGGAUUUGGAGCAGAGGAGCGGUGAAAAUGAGAAAGCCUACAUUAACCGCUUGAAAGCCUUUAUAGAGAAACAGUGCUCGGAGAUUCAGAAUCUUCUUGCUCGGAACGCUGCUUUGGCAGAAGACCUAGCCAGCUCUGGGAGGAAUGAGGAAUCUCAAGGAUCAGUGCAAAGAUCCAGUUCAGUAAUGGAGAAGGUUCAGAUGGAAAGCAUCAGGCGAGAACUCCAAGAAACGUCUCAGCGUCUAGAGACAGUUAAAGCCGAGAAAGCUAAGUUGGAGUCCGAGGCAUCAGAUUACAAGAACAUGGCUGCGAAACUCGAGUCAGACCUAAAAGGACUGUCGGACGCAUACAACAGUUUAGAACAAGCGAACUACCAUCUCGAGAAGGAGGUGAAAUCUUUGAAAGGAGGGGAAGAUCCGAUGGAGUUUCCUGAUAUAGAAGCGAUUAAGGAGGAAGUGAGAAAGGAAGCUCAGAAAGAGAGCGAAGACGAGUUGAACGACUUGUUAGUAUGUUUGGGGCAAGAGGAGAGCAAAGUGGAGAAGCUAACGGCGAAACUGAUGGAGUUAGGAGUUGAUGUUGAUAAGCUUUUGGAGGAUAUUGGGGACGAGUCAGAAGCUCAAGGGGAAUCUGAUGCAGAAGAAGACGACGACCAUUAAACUCCUCCUCUCGUCAGGUAUUCAUAAAAACAAAAGACUCAGGUUGUUUCUGCGUAUCUGUCUCUACAUGGAACUAUGUACAGUCUUGUUGCUUAAUCUUUUUAAAUUAUCAUCUAAACUCCCAACUUGUUAGACUGUUUGAAACCUGUUACAUUUCCACAAUGCUCCAGUUUACGUAUGCAGAUUCGUACACAUUUGAACAAUGAAGUCAGUGUUGAUUUCAAAGUUAUUCAA